CCCUACCGUCAACAUGCCUCCCAAGAAAGCCCCGGUUCAGCGCACCGAGAAUGUCAGCCUCGGCCCCAACGCCCGCGAGGGCGAGCUCGUCUUCGGCGUUGCCCGCAUCUUCGCCUCCUUCAACGACACCUUCGUCCACGUCACCGAUCUGAGCGGCCGCGAAACCAUCAGCCGUGUCACCGGUGGUAUGAAGGUCAAGGCCGACCGUGACGAGUCCUCCCCCUACGCUGCCAUGUUGGCUGCCCAGGACGUUGCUGCCCGCUGCAAGGAGCUCGGCAUCACUGCCCUCCACGUCAAGAUCAGGGCCACUGGUGGUAACGGCACCAAGACCCCCGGUCCCGGCGCUCAGUCCGCUCUCCGUGCCCUUGCCCGUGCUGGCAUGAAGAUCGGCCGUAUCGAGGACGUUACCCCCACUCCCUCCGACUCUACCCGCAGAAAGGGUGGUCGCCGUGGUCGUCGUCUGUAAACUGGUGCUGGUUGUCAUGGGUGUUCGUUCGAGGUCAAUGGGACUGAUGACAACUACGCGAGGAACGGCUUUCGCUUUUGCCUGGUCCUCACCCUUACGGCUUGUC